AUGUGUUCUUCAGAAGCUAGGGCGUACCUCAGAAGCGACGCGCAUUGUCCUCGCUCGGGCAAUGUGGCAAAUAUGCGAGGGCUACCGGCUAGAGGACGGAGCCGGCCAAAGAAGUUAGUCCGCCAUCGCCAGCAACAUCCAGUGCGCUUGGCAACACUUAACGUUGGGACGCUUACUGGAAGAAGUCGUGAACUGGCAGACAGUCUCAGAAAACGCCUUGUUGACAUAUGUUGUGUACAGGAGACUCGCUGGAAAGGCUCCAAGGCAAGGGAAUUAGGCGAUGGCUACAAGCUGAUCUACCACGGCACAUCAAAUCGCAACGGCGUUGGUAUCAUAUUGAACGAGUCGUUUAGAAAUAGCGUCACAGCGGUGGAUCGACUAUCGGAUCGCUUGAUGGCUGUAAAAGUAGAUACAGGAGAAGUGGAAUUGCGAGUCGUCUCUGCUUAUGCGCCACAGAUGGGCUGUAGUGAAGAAGAGAAGGCGUGCUUUUGGGAAGAUCUGGAGCAGUACGUCCAAUCCCUGGAAAGCGAAGAAGUACUUUUAAUCGGAGGAGACUUCAACGGACAUGUCGGUUCCCGGAAAGACGGAUUCGAGAGUUGUCAUGGUGGAUACGGCUAUGGAGCUCGUAACGACGACGGGUUGCGAAUCCUGAAGUAUGCUGUUGCAAGUGACUUGAUCAUUGCUAACACGCAGUAUCGGAAAAGAAAAUCGCAUUUGAUCACGUACACCAGCGGCGGUCGUAAAACACAAAUAGAUUUCUGGAUGUUACGCCGACGAGAUCGCCGACUUCUGCAGGAUUCAAAAGUCAUCCCUACAGACCAUGUCGCUGCCCAACACCAUCUGUUCGUUAUGGACUUGAAAAUCUCCCGUCCAAGGAAGAGACAUCCAAGGACCGAAAUACAGCGCAUCAAAUGGUAG